AUGGCUCGCUCACUUGGUUCGUCCGUGCGGCUUCGGUGGCUUCUAAUCUUCCUUGCUGCAGUUAUCAUCAUUGUACUUUCCGACUUUCUCUUUACGUGGCAACAGCUCACCACGUCGUUCUCGCCCUUAUCCUUUCCAUCCAUUCGUAGCCGCUUCAACGUUCCAGCCACGUAUGACGCACUGCCUCGAGCUAAUGACACGUUUAAUGUACAUGUGUUUGCAUUCUUUUAUGUCACCAGAGUGUUACAAAUCAAGGUGGAAAAUGAGGAGGACACAAUGAGAAUGAAGACAGAACAGCUCAAAGCUGGAGAGAUGGAAGUCAUGAAGCAGGAGAAUCGGAUUGAGAAUCUUGAGAUGCUAUUACUCCACUCACUGUACCACUUGACGCAAAAUACAAUUGAAAUGCGUGGGAUUGUAUUGCCUCUACAUGAUGGUUUCGCGUCGUUGGGACUGUCACUAGUAAUGGAGUUACGAUCACUGGGUGUCAUGCUGCCAGUGGAGAUCCCGCAUUGCGGAGAUCUAAACCAGAAACUGGUGGCAACGAUUGAAAAAAAGAGGAAACAGUUGGGAUCAAUUUAUGUGUAUGAUGUAUGUGCAUUAGCUGCCAAGGAGAAGAGUUUGCUGGAUGAUAGCAAACCAAUCUUUUGCAAGGACUUGGAUGAGUGUCAUCAUAAGUUUCGUACUCCCAUGCCGCUGUGGGAGACGGACAAGUACCAAACGACUGGCACCCUGUUCUUUAACGACAGGAUCAGUCAGACCAACACGUCGCUGGGGUAUCGACCGGCUUCGCAUCCGAAUGUCACGGACUUUCGCCACUACUUGUUCGACGCUGAUGUGAGCGUCUUUCGACAACUUUCUACCAUUCCACGCAACAAGACGACGGUUGUGUCAGAUGAUAUUUGCCCUUUGAACCGAGCGACAUUUUGUUAA